AUGCGCUCUCAAAUCCUUCCUGUCCUUCGCCUUGCGUCCCGUCCGGCCCUCAAGGUCGCCGCCAUCCCUCGCACCACUCCCGUCCGUUAUGCCCAUGCCCACCAGGAAUCCUUCGAGGCAUUCUCGGAACGCUACGUGACCUUCUUCCAGAACGCUGAGGACCUCUUCGAGCUCCAACGCGGUCUUAACAACUGUUUCGCCCACGAUCUCGUCCCCAGCCCUGCUGUCAUCGAGGCUGCUGUCAGGGCUGCAAGGAGGGUGAACGACUACUCGACUGCUGUGAGGAUCUUUGAGGGUAUCAGUGAGAAGGUUGAGAACAAGGCGCAAUAUCAGGCGUAUUUGGAUGAACUCAAGCCGCUUAGGGAGGAACUUGGUAUCAUGACCAAGGAUGAGCUGUACCCGAAAUCAUCAUAAACAACAGCGGCCUUACUGCUAAUC